AUGUUCCAUCCAAACGUCUAUGCAAAUGGCAAGCUGUGUCUCGACAAACACCAAGUUCUCGUCGUCGGCGCCGGCUCGGCAAUCAUCCAUUUCCAGGAACUGCUGUUUGGAUCAAUACUUCUGAUCUGGACAACGCUUAUUUAUCUGCUCAACAUCCAUUCCAAGAGGGUACAGCAACUCAUCAGCUCCUUUAACCGAGACCUCCAGAUCGACAAGAGCUUGUUUUUGGCCAAUUUUGAUUUCUGGAAGGAAGUGAUCCGGCGAGUUUGGGACGAGAGUCUUUGUGUGCUGAUUUUGGGCAUGCCCAAGUACUGGAUGGCCAAAGGGAAGCGCUUGCGAUGGUGGGAAGAGGUUCUGGGAGCGCCUUGUCUGGUCAAUUUUGACGGAACUCAUGGGGAACGACUGGUUGAGAACAGAGAAUGUGCGACUAUUCGAGGGGCUUGGUGCGGAGAGAGCGUUAUCCGGAGCGAGUUCACUGGGCCCGACUGUUUCUGGAAGCCGCAUAAUGCAGCCGAUCUUGUUGGUGUGACCACCUUCUUUGGCCGCGCCGAUGUCGUCCCGUUCCUGUUCACGGUGGUUUCAAGUAUGACCAACGGCCCGCGGAUCCCGUCUAACCAGAACACCCAGGUCCAGAUGCGGCGAAAGGUGCGUCUGGUCUUACGCGCACUAGAGAAUAAAAUUGUCUUUUCCCCAAUCUCGGUACCCUGGGAGGCUGUCCAAGCUACCUCGAAGAAUAGACGAUGGCCAUGGUGGCUCCAGGGCGCGCGCUCGGACGUCUUGAUUGAGUACGAGGAUGGCCAAUCAACCAAAGCCAAUGGGACCACGAUCUCCCGGAUCCGUCAUACCCGGCUACCGCGCUCCCUAGGGUUGAGGGACGACUUCAAAGUCAUGCCAAUGUUGUCCAAGCUCUUCCACAAUAACCACUUGAUCAUCUCGACCACGCUGGACAAAGUGGACCGGGCACUCCGCUUCAAGAAAGUCCGAGCAACCGUUGAGGCCAGCUGGGUGGACAGUCAAAGAUCAGCAAAUCGAGGCGGCGGCAGAUAA